AUGGCAGUAGCUUUACGGCAUUUUGCUGAAUUUGAUGUUCAUUUGAAUUGUGCAAUCGGCAUUCAUUGGAGGAAAUGGCUCACUCGAUUUAAAAAUCUCCUGCUAGCAUUAUAUGUAGACGACACUAAAAGACAGAGAGCUCUUUUACUGCACUAUGCUGGAGAAAACGUGAACGAAAUCUUCGAAACAUUGCCCAACACAGAGGCUGGAGAGGACGAAAACCCGUUCGAAAAAGCAGCGACGGUGUUAACAAACUAUUUUACCCCCAAGAAAAACCGAGAAUACUAAGUAUACGUAUUUUGUAAGGCCAAGCAAGAAAAUAUUUCCGCAUUUCGCACUCGUCUGCGACAACUAGCGAUGAAUUGUGAGUUUGCUGACAAUGACAGAGAAAUUAAAACACAAAUUGUGCAAAACUGCCUAUUGCACAAACUUCGUAUGAAAGCGUUACAAAAUCCGGAACUUACCUUAACUCAGCUACUGGACGCCAGUAAAGCCAUGGAAAUGUCAAAAUCCCAAGAAGAAACCAUCAAAGAGAGAAACAAAACAUCAACACACUGUUGA